AUGCCUCCGCGAAGGUCCCACAAAAAGAGUCGAGCCGGGUGCCGCAGGUGCAAGGCGCGAAAGAUAAAGUGCGAUGAAGUUCACCCACGAUGUGGCAACUGCGUCAAGCACGGCGUGCCUUGCGACUUCGAGAACCCAGAUGUUGCUCACGAACUUCACUCCAUUCUGGCCGGAUCAACAGCAUCUCCAGGUUCCAGCGGCCAGGGUACUUCGAUAGAUGACCUGCUCUCAGAAGCGACGAUGCCUCGCCCAGGAGGUUAUGUCCCCGCCACGCCGCAAUCCGCCGCAUUCUCGAUACCUCUGUACCGCCAGCCACCACAGCCGCUACCUGGAUCACAACCAGUCGGUCGCCUCACCGAGCUCCGCCUGAUGCACCAGUACACAAACCACACCUACAAGACACUCGCCAUCACCUCGCCUGAGACGGCGGAAAUGUGGGGUGUGAGAAUCCCGAACCUCGCCUUUACUGGAUCUACACACUUGAUUGAUGCCAUUCUCGCCGUGUCGGCACUUCACAUGAGGAGCUUAUGCCCGAACGACACCGAACUGGUCCGCGCCGGGCACGCAUACAUGGCAUCGUGUCUGAAUAAUUACAGUAAUAGUCUAAAAAGUGGCAUCAACGCGGAAAACGCUGCAACACUGUUCCUCACGUCCACACUCAUCGCCUUCCAGAGCACUGCCACGCGAAUAUUCACAAAGGACGAGUCUCCAUUCGCCUUGAUGAACGCUGUUGGCUUUGAAGGACGGGACAUCGGAGCGUCCGGCAGCGUAUAUCAGCCGCCGCUGACUUGGUUCCACUCCUUUCAGGGCGUCAAGACGGUCGUGGCAGCGUCGUGGGCAUGGCUGAAACAGAACGAUAUCAUCCUCACAAUAAUCGACUCCCAGCCCGUGUUACACUUGAACUUUAGUCGAGCGACAGAGGGAUUCUUUGGCCACUUGCUCGAUGACCUGGACGAGGAAGUCGCCGCGCUAAGCUCGUCGCCGGUGACCCCGGCACAGGAUCCGAACUGCGGUAUGCCAGGAAACGAGCCGAUGGACCUAGCGACAAGCACUCGCCAGGCCUAUCAACACGCAGUGGCGACCUUGAACUGGGCCCACAGCAAGCCGGGCAAAGGAGCCCUUGCAUUUCCAGCGACUGUUUCAAAGCGAUUUGUUGAGCUGGUUGAGGAGAGGCGGCCGCGGGCUCUCGCCAUCCUAGCGUCCUUUUUCGCGCUGUUGAAGGUUCUUGACAACAUCUGGUGGUUACAAGGGAUGUCCAGGAGGGAAGUUUUGGGAAUCGUAUCGCUGUUCAACUCCGACUACUUCGGCCCCGAUAUCGAGCGCAAGUGGUGGCCGCAUCUUGAGUGGGCAGUCCGCCUGGCGCUGUACGACACAGGCAGCAGCGGCAACACCCACAUACCCGUCGACAUGUGGGGUGCUGGCUGGGCUGAAGAGCAGCCGAGCGAGCUCACCUUCACGAGCCAUAUCGAGAUGCUGAGCGAGCUUGUCAACCCAGGCUCGCCCCUCCCUCCGCCACCGAGUGACACCCCACGAACGCCGCCCAAGGAGCAAGCCCGAAAGCAGAGCGACCGACUCGCCACGCCCCCGGGCCCCGAUACUCCGGGAAGGUCCAAGAAGCUUGAUGAGGUCUACCGCAGCGGUGGAGCAAUAUUUGUUGCCAACGAGGGAAGCGAUUCUGGGUGA